GCCAGAACUACGCGCCCGACUUGGAGCGUUUCCCACGCCAAUAAGACACUGGUUCUUGCCGCCAGGAGCAGUGAGGUUUUUUUUCUCUAUUAAUAUCUUUGGUUCUUAUAUAGAGACCGUAAAUUGAUAGACAGUGGAUAAACUCAUUUAUUUUCUCAAUUUGGUUCAGUGUUGAUCAUAACUAGUAUAUCCUUUCAUGACCAUCUUCGGUACCAGCAACUACACCAACUCCCAAUGGAUCCCCAACCCUAACAACCGUGGCACUUGGGAUCUUAUCCAGACUUGCAUUAUCACUCUAGGUCUCUGCGUCUACAGUGCCCUCCACCUCAAUGUAUUUGAUCACCAGUGUCCAUGGUGGCACCGUUGGCUCAUCCGGUUCAAAUGGAUGGUCAUCGCUCUCCUCGCACCCGAGUUCAUCGUUUACAACGCCUGGUUCCAGCACCGCCAGGCAUCACGGAUUGCCCAAGUGCUGCGAAGACGCAGUGGACAGACAGAGCCGGAAUCUUUCAUGGCGUUUCUCCGAAGAUAUAUACUAGGGCGCAGCACCGUGAACGAACUUGACCAAAACCAGCAGAAGGACCACGAAAAAGGGUUUCAAUCAUCCGUCCACGAGGAUGAGAAUAUAACCAGUCGAGAGCCGUUCCAGCUAGCCCACGGCUUCCUUAUAGUCAUGGGAGGUUUGGUGGUGGACAUGACGGACGACGAGCAUCGCGUGUGGCCGGAAUGGUGUAACAACCUCACCAUAACACCGGCUUGUAUCGAAGAGUGCCUCGACAGUGAUGCCUUCAAGAACAUCAACUUGGAUUUCCUCACUCUCGAGAGCAUCGAAGGUCGCAGUAAAGUCGAUAGCUUCACCAAGUUCCUCGUCAUCCUCCAAGCCCUGUGGUUCUGCAUCCAGUUCCUCGUCCGUGUCCACCAGGCCCUGCCCGUUAGUUUGCUGGAGCUCAACACCUUCGCACACUCAUUAUGCGCCUUGAUUAUCUAUCUCCUCUGGUGGCACAAGCCAGGCUCUAGGCGACCCCUUCGUGGUCUCCACCUCCGAGUCCCAGGCUCUAGGCGACCUCUGUGCCGCCCAGUGGACGCUGGGUGCUGCAGGGAUGCAUUAUGAGAAGCAUGUGCUCCAGCAGACAGAUCACAGCGGAAUGAUUUUCUCCUCUUGGACACCAUCUUUCACGCAUGGCGGAACUGACUCACU